GCAGUCACGAGUUCGAUUGCAGAUAUCACAAACUUUUUACAUAUUUAUCAAUCGAACUAAAAUAAAAAGAAAACUCUAAGAAAAUGUUGAAAAAGGGGCCCCCAUAAGUGUGCGAGCUGUCCACAGCGAAGAGUGCCUGUGUGCGAAGAUGCUGUGGAGAAGUGCUCCUGCACACGAUUAUCUGGGUAUUUGUGCCUCUCCUCAGGGUCACUGUGAGAAUCCGUUGUGGUGGGCCAUUUGGGUGACGGAAGAGGCAAGAAGCAGCCCACUCGGCUGAGUUUUUGGAAGUUCGUCACUCACACACUCUGUAUGGAGGCAGUGGCAGUUGGGCUUCCCAGUCACUGCGAAGCACGCGGGCUGACGAAGUAUCUGGGAUAGAGGAUUGCGUAAGGUCAACCGAACUUCCACGCGGUGUGUGAUCCAUUAAAAAAAAACAAGUGCCGAAAAAACCAACAUAUUUUUUUACAUUUGGCGCAGUAAGUCGCACCCUGUGACAUGAAGUGACCAGAAAGUAAUUCCCUGGCGGACUGCAUUCCUGGAUACAGUGUUGUGUGACAAUGACGAGAAUCACGGAGAAUAGUGUAAUCAAGUGCCGGUUCGGGCGGCGUCAGAAGUGCCCUCCUGUGCCCGAGGAGGACUGUGAAGACCAUGCAAGACUCUUGCAUCAGAAUCACGCGGGAAAGUGUCCCAAAUAUAGCUGUGCCUUCCUCAGCCAAUGCUGCAGCUGCUGGAUCAGGAUGAGCUACUGCAAUCGGGCUGUGUUACUUGGCACAGCCGGAAUUCUCCUGGCCCUGUCGGCUCUUGCCAUCUAUGUGGGCUUCUUCACGCCAACCUGGUGGCCAGCAACACCAGACAGAAAGGCGCCCGCGGGCACCCUUCAUCCACCCAAUCCACAAGUGCCCCAACCACCUUCACCCUCCACCAUGCAUGUCUUCCAGAACGCUGCCGUCUGCUCGGACUCUGAUGUCUGCAGCCGCAUUGGCAGAGAUGUCUUCACACGUGGCGGUCACGUGGUUGAUGCUGCAAUCGCCACAAUGUUCUGCCUGGGAUUGACCAACAUGCAGAGCAUGGGAAUAGGGGGUGGCUUCAUUAUGAACAUUUACCUAAGAGAUGCCCAGAAAGCCUACACUCUAGACGCCCGUGAGAUCUCUGCAACAGCAGCCCAUGAGAAAAUGCAUCUGCACGACUCGAGAACAACCAUUGAGGGUCCACUAUCUUUGGGUACUCCCGGAGAACUGAUGGGCUACUGGGAGGCACAUCAGCGCUUCGGAAGACUACCCUGGAGAGAUCUUGUGGCUCCAGCCAUUAAAGUCUGCGAGCAAGGCUUUCCCAUGAGUCGUCACAUGGAAGACUCCACAAAGAUCAACCCACGCAUCCAGUAUGACUACAUGCUGCGUGGAUUGUUCUUCAAUGAGACUACAAACUCCUUCCGGAGGAUGGGUAGCAUCGUGCGUCCCACUAAACUCUGUGAAACACUGAGGAUUGUGGCAGAGAAGGGAGGAGCUGAUCUGUACAAUGGAACCCUGGCAGAUCUGUUUGUAGAAGACCUCAAGGAAUUAGGGAGUAUCAUAAAACGCGAAGAUCUCGAGGCUUAUCGGGUCAAAUGGUCAGAUUCGAUUCCCAUCAAAAUGAACGGAGACACAAUGUACAUCAUUCCACCGCCAGGAAGUGGACUCUUGCUAGGUUUUAUCAUGAAAAUCCUCAAAGGAUAUCAUUUCUCAGCGGACAGCAUAGCCACGAAGAAUGAGACAAUCAGGACAUACCAUCGCAUCAUUGAGGCUUUCAAGUGGACCUACGGGAAGCGAACUGAGAUCGGAGAUCCUGAAUUCGUCAACAUCACGCAACUCAUCAAUGAUCUCACAUCGGAUGAAUUUGCCGAAGGAAUCAGACGCAAGAUUGACGAUACAACCACAAGCCAACAACCCAAAGACUACGGAGGCAACUUCCACAUAUCUGAAGAUCAAGGAACUGCCCACAUCUCUCUCCUAGCUCCCAAUGGUGAUGCUAUCUCUGUCACAAGCUCCGUCAACUUCUAUUUUGGAUGCGGAAACAUGGGAAAUCGCACGGGGAUCAUAUUCAACAGUGGAAUGGAUGACUUCUCCUCACCUGGUCUGAAGAAUUACUUCGGCCUCCCAGGCUCCCCGCCCAACUACAUCCGCCCCCGGAAACGUGCCUUAUCCUCAAUGUCGCCAACAAUUGUCGUGGGCAAUGAUGGCAAUGUGAAGCUGGUAAUUGGAGCAGCAGGAGGAACUAAGAUUACCACUGCUGUUGCCAUGGCUACCAUGAGGAUCCUGUGGUUUGGGCAGGAUGUCAAAGAAGCCGUUGAUGCUCCACGCUUCCAUCACCAGCUCAUCCCAAUGUGGGUGGACUAUGAGUAUGGGACUGAGGAGUACAUCGUUGAGGGCCUGGAGAGAUUGGGUCAUAAGACAAAUCGCUACAACUACCGAGGCUCCAUCAUUUGCGCCAUCAAGAGGAACGACACUGCAAUCUACGGGAAUGCAGAUUUUCGCAAGGAGGGAGAUGUCUUUGGAUUCUAGAGGCUCUCUCAUUUUAUUCUCCCGCCAACUUCCACAUCUCAGCAGCUUCUAAAUGUUUCCAAAUUUCUUCACUAUUAUAGAAUUUUAUGUUAAUAAACGUAUUAUUUUUAUACGGAAA